AUGUCCACUUGGGAGCCUAACGUUCAGUGUAUCCAUAAGUUUCCGAACGAUGCUAUAUUCUCUCGGCUUCGUCGGCUCCAGAUAGAGAGACCAGGAGUGGUGGUCCACGACGAACAUGGCAUAGACGCUGACUAUAAUAACCUGAUUAGCGAUGUCAUACACAUGCGUCAGAUCUUGCGAGAGCAGCUCCCGAGCAACUCAUUCGACGAGAAUGGUCUCCUGCAAAAGGAGGCCAUGUCUAUAGCAUUUCAGGCAUUCAGCGGAUACAACUUUAUUGUUAGCUUUUUUGCCAUCGUUGCUCUAGGAGGCAUCUCAACAAGCCUCAUUCCGGAAGAGGCACUCCAUUUUCUAGGAAAGACCAAGGCGACCUCCAUCCUUGUUGAGGAGGGGACUUUUGAGAAUGCCACAGUAAUUAGAAACCAUGUCCAAAACCAGACCGGCCAAGGGUUGAACAUCAUUCGGAUAACAAUAUCGGAGCCAAACACAUGCCCUCAAUUGGAAAUCAACGAGCAAUUGGUUAUCUCCCCAACAGCUGGAUGUCUGGUCCUGUUUACCUCAGGAACAACUGCUUUGCCAAAAGGAGUCGUUCUUCCCCGUCAGCUAUUCUAUCCCACGCCAGAAGUAAUGCCUCGGGACAUUCUAUAUUUAGCGAGAACGACUGCACAAUGGGUAGGAGGUUCAACAGGUAUGAUAGACAGUGUCCUUUAUGGACAGAGAAUACAUGUCAUGAAAGAUAGUUCCAACCCUGCAAGGUUCUGGGAGGUGCUUAAGGAGGGCAAAGUUACGGUAACCAGCAUGCCCCCGGCAUUUCUAAGGACGUUGAUGGGGUACUACAAUGAGAAUAUCUCCUGUAUGCCGCCUGAAGAUCGCGAGAAAUAUAUUAACGGGGCUCGAAGCCUGCGACACGUGUUCACAAGUGGUUACCAACUUGAUCCUUCCUUGUACACUUUCUUCACCGAUUUGACCAAUAUGCCUAUCAGAAAUGGAUACGGAAUAACUGAGAUGGGUGGAGUUGUUACUAUCUCUCCAAAAGGGUCAGCAUAUGUGGAAGGAUACAUCGGUACCCCGGUUCCAGGGAUUACAGUGAAGCUUUCCGAUGGGGAGCAUGGAGAAAUCCUUGUCAAACACCCUAAUAUGUUCAUUGAGUAUAUCAAUGAUGAAGCAGCCACAAAGGCUGCAUUUGACCACGAAGGGUUUUAUAAAACUGGAGACUAUGCUGAACGUAUUGGGAAUGACUACUUUUUCAAGGGCAGAGUUUCAUCUGAUUGGGUCCGGUUCCAUGAACACACGAUAUCUGUUCUGGAGCUUGAGCAUUGUCUCAUGGAUCUUCCAUAUAUUUUUGAAGCCCAUGUUCUCCCAGUGCAGGAUCGCGAGGCUGGUGGAUUGAUUGCAGCACUCGUUGAGGUUCAGAAGCCGAAUGAAACUGAACAAGACCACGGCAAUAUCAACCUUCGACGUAUACGUGAGGAUCUCGCUGCCGCGAAUCUAGUCUCACACAGAUUACCUGCUCUUUUACGGAUUCUCCCGAAGAACGGAGAAGUCCCUCGAACGGCCUCCGGCAAAGUGUUGAAAAAAGAAGCCCUCCGAAAAUAA